GUUGCUCUGUUUGGUAUAUGAACAUCAAUGCAAGCUUCAAUAAAGUGUUCUCCCUCUUUCUUGAAGUUUGGUAGACAGCCAACACUGUUUGUUGAACAGCACCAAAAUGAUCUUCAUGAAAAAGUUGAUAUUUUAGAAUUCCCAAAUUUGAGCCCCUCAGAUGAGUCAGUGGAAUCAAGAAAGAGUCGCUUGACAGCCAUAAAAGAAAAAGUUGGCAGUCAUGUUGCUAAAGCACAAGCUGAACAAAAGAAAUAAUAUGAAAUGAGGAAAGCUAAAGGACAUAAGUCAUUUGACUUUAAGAUUGGAAUGAAAGUUGUUGUAAAGAAUAAUAAAAAGCAAGGAAGGAAAGGUUCCUGGCUUGAGGAGGACUGACUUGGGCCUUAUGACACACCCAGCAUCUUAGAUAACUUUGUACAAAUCACCACAAAUGGAAAACUCCUUCAAAAUAAAACUGCAUUAAUUCACAUUAAACUUUAUAAAUCCCUCAGUAGGUACUGCACAGGAGCAUGCACAACUUUGUGGCCAAAUGCUGCUGCCAUCAGCUGCAGGGAGUGCUUCUGCUGUCUCUGUCUUUCCAGAAUCCAUGGCAUCUGGGGAGGAGCCUGGAGAGGACAUUCCCCCAGCCACAGACCAUGCUGGUGUGAGGCAGCAGCCUGAGGUGCUCCUUUGUGAAGGAUUGCACCAUAUCACUCUCCUUGAGGUGCUCCUUUGUGAAGGGUCACACCAUAUCACUCCCCUUGAUGUGCUCCUUUGUGAAGGGUCACACCAUAUCACUCCCCUUGAUGUGCUCCUUUGUGAAGGGUCACACCAUAUCACUCCCCUUGAUGUGCUCCUUUGUGAAGGGUCGCACCAUAUCACUCCCCUUGAUGUGCUCCUUUGUGAAGGGUUGCACCAUAUCACUCCCCUUGAUGUGCUCCUUUGUGAAGGGUUGCACCAUAUCACUCCCCUUGAUGUGCUCCUUUGUGAAGGGUCACACCAUAUCACUCCCCUGCCUCUCACCACUGUCAGUAAGGAAUGCAUUUCAGAAUCCUCAGCAUAUGGGGAGAAGCCUGGAGAGGACACUUCCCCAGCCACAGACCAUGCUGGUGUGAGGCAGCAGCCUGAAGUGCUCCUUUGUGAAGGGUCACAGCAUAUCACUCCCCUGCCUCUCACCACUGUUGGGAAGGAAUGCAUUUCGGGCGUCCCCAACCCCUCCCGCCCUGAGUGAAGACACCCCCAGACAAAACCUCUAAGGGGGCCAAGGGGAAGGGAGCAGCCCAGGCCCUUUCCAAUGCUGAGAGAGGUAUGUCACUUCUCUGCCAAGAAGGAAAGUUUCAGCUUCAUUUUGCAUGUUGUUUGGGUUGCUUUAUGAACAUUUUUUUUUUUUAGUAUAUAUAUAUUUUUUUUUAUACAGUUGGUUCAGAUAUCCUACAUGUCAAUUGUUUUUGCUUUAUUUAUCAGUGUGUUCCUAUCUUAUAUCUCUAGUUUUACAUUGUUGUAGUUGACAGUGAGCAAUUGUGUUACAUCUGCACUGUUUUACUUUUAUUUGUCAGCAAGCCUCUUCAUCUGAUACAGUUCCUGCCAGUUUGAACUCAUUUUGACUCUGCAAGGGAAGUAUCCAUAACUCCUCAUUACUUUGAGUAUGAGGACAGUUUCAACUUCAUCUUUAUCUCUUUUGCUUUAUCUUUCAUUCAACAGUUUUUUAACUUAAUUUGUUCGUAAAUGUCGUUCCAAAUCCAAAAUGUUUGAAAACCGAUACUAUUUUCCCCACAGGAGUCAUUCUAAAAUAGAUUAAUCCAUUCUCAGACUCGCAUCCACCAUGUCUUAGUGGGUAAUGACCAACACUCCCGCUGCUAAGAUGGCUGCUCCACAGCAUCUCCAGCUUAGAAUUUUUUUUAUUCAGAAAAGCUUUGUUGAAUGAACUUAGUGAUACAGAACUCAUCAAAAGAUAUUGUUUAGACCAUGCUGGCUUUCUCUUUGUCACCCAUGAAGUGAGGGAAGCCUUACAGAGACAGAGAGGAGCAACCCACUCGCUGCCAAAAUGAAGGUGAUCAUAACACUUAGACAUCUUGCUGCUGGGAAAAGCUACUGGAAAAAUGCAGUUGUGCAGUAGUGAUGGCAUUGUGGGUCAUCGGGAGAGCCACAGGAGGCUUGGGAUUACUCCUGAGCCCCGAACCUUGUUUGUUUACAUUGAGGUUCUUCAGUAGGAUCACAUUUAACUUAUUUCAAAGAUUGAAUUACUGUCUUACCCUCUGUGUCUCUCCUCCAAAGGAACUAUUUAUAGAAACUAUAAAUUAGUAAUAAAUGGCAGCUUUUGUUACGUGUUGUAAUAUUUGAAAUCGAGUAACUUUGUUUGAAAAUCAAAUUAUGGUACAGUAAUCAAAGCAAUUAGGAGUUAAAAUUUUUGUCAAAAACAGAGUUGUUCGGAGAGGGAGACAUUCAGUAACUGAGGUUCCACUGUAUACAUUUCUUGGAUUCAUUUUGUCACUGAGAAGGAAGUGUACAUAAUGACCUCAUGUCUUCCACAAGUGGUGCACUGUGUUGUCUGGUAAUGCAGCAGCCAGCUGUGGACCUCAUGAGUGUUAUCACCCCAGAGGUACUCAUGGGGCAUCACAGUGCAUAUUUACAGUGUAAGAGCACAGAGACCUGUGGUCAUAACACGCUGCUAUAUUCAUCCCAGGCUUUGCCAGAUUCUUGAUAGAUGACUGUGUGUGCCAGAAAAAGCUGAAACUGUUGCUUAUCUUAGCUUUUAUUAUACAUCAUUCAUUUGAGAGAAGCACAGAGUGAGUGUCCCAGCAACAUAAUACAUAUUCCUUGUAACUAAAGGAAUCUAUACACAAGAAUGAAAUUACCUCAUCUACCACUGACAUGUUGGGAUUGAAGGGUAAAAUAAAGUGUGAGGUGGUAUCAAAGCCCCAAGACUAGUUCCAUAGUACACCAACAGGUGGCUGUACAGGGAUGCAUGUCUGAUGGGACUGGACAGUGACAGUUAUCAAGCAGUCUGCCAAUUGGUAUCUUUCUGUGAACUUUGUGAGCCAUGUCACAUGAGUUUUGUGGCCUCAUGCUGAACUUCAUAUUUCAUCAUGAACUGCAAACAAGAGCAGAGUUAACACCAAAUUGUGUGUCAAAUUCAGCAGAGACCUUUGACAUGAUUUAGCACAUGUGUGGCAAGGAAGCAGUGAGUUAUGUGAGGUGCGUCAAGUGCCAUGUAUUCUUCAAGAGCAGGGGAAUAUCUCUGGAAGAUGACAAGAGGUCAGGAUGAUAUUCCGUGAGCUCAGCCACUGAAAACAUGGAAACGGUUGAGUGACGUGCAAGAGAAUUGUUGGAGAUCAGCGAAGGGAGUUGGUGUCAGGGUUGGUGCAUCAUACAGAACAGCUGAGGCAAUCCCCAUGUUUGAUUUGAAUAUGACCACAUAGCUGAAAAAUUUGUGCCCAGGCUUCUGAUCUCCAAACAGAAGGUGCCCCAGAUGACCCAACCUUCACAUUGAGGGUCUCCACUGGGGACAAGACCUGGAUCCACACUUCAUUUGUAACUUCUUCCUCUUCCUAAAGAUAAAGGAAGUUGUGGGUGAAAAGGAUGCCAUCUUGACACCAUGAAACGAGAAAGGAUGGAUCUAAGUUUGAAAAGUCAGACUUAAAAGGGAGAUAGGAAGGAAUUGGUUUUCAGAUGGAGUGGUGGAUGAAUGGAAUAGACUCAGUAAUCAGGUUGUUAGUGUUGGUUCUUUAGGAUUUUUAAAAGAAGAUUUAUGGAUGGGGAUGGUAGAUGGAAAUAGGUAGGUAUAUUUUGUGCAGGGACUGCCACGGGUAAGCCUGAUGACUUCUGGCAGCCUUUCUGAUUUCCGUAUGUUGUUAUGCUGUGUUCCAUGGAAGAGGUUGAGCCCGAGUCACAGAAGGUGCUUAACAUGCUUUGAGAACAAGACUUACUGAACACGUGUGAGCAGUGACAGCAGGACUGGGACCACUUUAUUGGUGGUGAAGGUGACUGUUUUGAAGGAGUGAUGCCCAAACUUAAUACAUGGAUAAGUCUUGUAACAUUUUGAUAUCAGUCGUCUUGUAUUCUAAAUCUAUCAGUUAGUAUUGCAGUGCCAUACAUUGUACAUGUUCCUCCACACUCAUCUCUUUUCCUGCACAGAGUAGUGAUGUGUGGAGUAGGAUGGGGGUUUUGAGAGAAUAGUUAAUGACAUCAUCAUCUGUUCUGCUGUAAUAAUCUGAAAUACAGUAAGGUGGUGUGGACAAAUGGUAACAAUGAAAGUGAAUGAGUUUGUAAAUGUUUAUGGUUUCUCCAAAUGUUGGUGCCACAAAUUCCAGUGAAUUUCAUGUGAAAUAAAUUAUUGGUAUGUGGACUAAUAAACUGCUUUUUAUGAGGAGUUCCACAAAGACCAAGAUCUGGGAAUGUGAUCUUUGGAGGAAGUUGUCUGAUCUUUUUUACUACUCUGGGCAAGUUUGUAUGAAUGAAAUGAAGGAAUGCUAGAGGGAGCCAGCCAGUGAGGUGGAUACUUGCUCUCAGUGGGUGAGUACUGGGGGAGAGAUGACAGGGAAGGCUCUCACCACACUAUUUUACAACAACAGAACAAGUGGAGAUGAAUAGGCAAGAUGCAAGCAUGGAGGCACAGUUUCAGAGAACAAUACGAGGGACCCAUCAGGUCCAUAAGCCUUCUGAGGGCAGCAAGGGCAUGGAAAACAUCACUGGGAAGGAUCUUAAUGGGUAGCAUGAAGUAGUUGGAGGGUAGAGGAGAGGGAGGAACAAGCCCUGGAUCUUAAUGGGUAGCACGAAGUAAUUGCUGCUGUUGCUCUUUGGGCCAAUCACAGUGUUUCCUGCCUCUGGUCUCAUCUUGAGUACCAGUUCACUCCUUCCUGAUUUCAGUGCUGCCAAUGCCCAUCUUCACUACCCACAGCACAGUGCUACUAACGUCAUCCCCCCUUUGUAACGUAGUUUUAGGAACAUGAGCACGUUGAAGUUGUUAACUUUCAAAAUCAAAUGUAGUUAUUUUAAUUAAAACAGUACUUUUCAUUAGUGAAGAGACAGGAUAAACAUUGAAUUAGAAGUUUUUGAAGAUGUUUCUAAGUUUUCUAAGAUCAAGAUUAAAAAUAAAGAUUUGGAUUUUUCAUUUUUUUUUACUUAAAAUAUCAAUAUUGUUAUCACUAGUAUCAGAAUCUUGGAUUUAUAGAUUUAUUGGUUAUCAGUUAUCGGCACUAAAUCUAUCACCAGUUACUGAAUUAUCAGUUAUCACUGAUAACAUUAUCAUCAUUGAUUUAUCAUUUAUUGUGAUAAGUUUUUCAUUAUCACCGCCAGCUAUGCAAUUGAGUGAUUGCUUUAUAAGGUUUACCACUGUUUCUUUAUAGCAGAUAUAUAGUACUGUGCCUUCACUUGAUGAUGCAGGUAAUGCAAACUUGAAAAGUCAGUAAACAAGUAAUGUAAUGAAGGUUGGGAACCAAUGGUUUAGGACAAGAGAAAGAGUGAGGGUUGUAUGUCUCCAUAGCACAUACUAUCACCUUUGUUAUGCACUCAGCACACAGAGAUGGGUACCCUAUGACACAGAAACAGUAGUCAUUCCAAGGCAAAUCAGCAUAAUACCUACUCAGCUCCAGUAGGGGCAAAAUGACAAAGGCACCUCCACUUUGGGGAAUCUUGGGGACAGAUUGGAAGGAUAGGACAAGAUGCAGAUUGUGAUUGGAGGAGCCCAAUGGAGAUGAUAGGAUGAUAGCAUAAGCAGAAGGGUUAGAGGUGAGGAAAAGGUCAAGAAUAUUGGGCAUAUCUCCAAGACAAUCAGGAAUACAAGUAGAGUGUUGUACCAGUUGCUCUAGGUCAUGGAGGAUAGUAGAGUUAAAGGCUAGUUCACCAAGAUGGUCAGUGAAGGGAGAGGAAAGGCAAAAUUAGUAAUGACCAUUGAAGUCUCCAAGAAUGGAGAUCUCUGCAAAAGGGAAGAGAGUCAGAAUGUGCUCACUUUAGAAGUUAAGUAGUCAAAGAAUUUUUCUAGCAAGAGGAGCUUCUUGUAGGUGAGAGGUAUACAGCACAGAUAAAUUUUGUUUGAGAGUGACUGUAGUCAUAGCCAGACAGUGAAAAAUCCAGAAGAUUCAAGAGUGUGGGCACAAGAGCAAUUUAAGUUGUUGUAUGCAUAGUUGCAACAUCCAGCUUUGGGCAGAAAAUGAGGAUAGAGAAAGUAGGGGGGAACAAAGAAGGGGGUACUGUCAGUUGCCUCAGACACCUGUGUUUUGGGGAGGAAAAGAUGAAGUUUAGUAGAGAGGUUGUGUUCUACAGAUUGAAAAGAAGAUGUAAGGCCACAAAUGUUGCAGAAGUUAUUGAAGAAAAAGUUGAGGGUGGUGUCAAGACACUCACCAGAAGAGCAGUCUGAUCUGGGGACAUUUGUCCUGGGGACUCCGAGGCUGGUGUAGGAGUCGCCAUGAUAAUUUUGAAUUUUGAGUGAAGGGUGUGCAUGUAUUAGGUGCAUGUAGAGUUGUGUGAAAGGACAGAAUUUUUAAAAGGCAGGUUGUGAAAUGUACAGUGAGGUCACAGCUGGCUGUUCCAUCUCUUUUGUCUUUCCUUUUUGGAACAGCUUUGUGGUGUGAAGGGAUAGAGUGAAGAUAAAAAGAUUUGUCCAUCUGUAUACCAGGCCAAAAAUCUGACACAGGAUGGUCUAAACAAAGCCCCACACACACAUGCACACAUCAUUCACACUCUUAACCCUGUUGGUCCCUGGAAGAAAGGGUUAUUCUUGUGGGCCACCGUGCUACACCCUAAGACCAGAGUAAAAAAGAUAAAUGAAUGAAAAGCGAUAGUUGUUAGUACGGUGAUGGUCAGAAGUCAAGCUUCCUGUGCCUUGACAUUUCCUUCAGUCUGGAGUUCUCUACUGACAGUCUCCUCACAAAGCCUGGGAAUAGAUGGGUCCUUAGACUUGAGACUAGAGGAAAACACACAAUCAGGAAAGUGAGUGCAAGAGGACACUCAGCUAAUGACCUCAGCUGUACAAAGAUGACCAGUGUGCAGGACUCUCUUGUCAUCACACAGCCUCUGCUCACACUGGCUGCCUGUGGGACUGCUGCCUCAUUUACAAACACCCACUAUAUUUGAUUUUUGACCUCUUGUUUUAUUUAUUUAUUUGUUUGGAUUUUAAUGCAUUUAUUUAUCUUUAUUAUUAUUGUUAUUAUCAUUAUUAUUAUUGUUGUUGUUGUUGAUGUUGUUGUUGUUGUUGUUGUUGUUGUUGUUAUUUUAUUUUAUUUAUUUCAUUUACUGGGUUUGUUAGUGUGUCUGUUGCUAGCAGUGCUAGUAGUUCCUUUUAUGGUUAUUUGAUUGAUUUUCUUCUCCUGACCUCUGCUUUUCCUUAUUAUUUCAUGGUUCCAUUUAGAUUUGCAGUUAUAGGAGUAUUAUUUGUAACAAUAAUGGUGAUAAUGAAAAUAGUUAUGAUAGAGAGUCCCAAUUAAUGACCAUAACAAGCUCUCUGUUAUAAAUAUUUCUUGCCAUUAAUAAAAAAAAUAAAGUGUGCAUUAUUUUUUGUUUGUUAUUCAUAAUUGCAUUGAAACUAGGACACACAGAAUGUACACCAGGAUACACACAAAUGCUUACAGUGAGUGAGUCAGUCAGUCAGUGUUUGAUGCAGGAGUACCAAAGUGAAAUAUCAGCAAAAUAAGUCAUGUACAAUAAUACACAGUGCACAAUAGAUAAUACAUGCUACAUAAUGAAAUGAUACAUAACACUAAAUACAUAUAAAAAUACAUAAUACAAAAGACAAUACAUAAACAAUACAUAAUACAUAAUAAAUAUAAGUGACACUGUAGUGCAUAUCUACCUUCAGCCCAAACUAAACAACAACACUAUCAGUACAAGAUACCUAAUUAAAUAAAGGAUACCUAAUUAACACACCGGGUCCAAUAGAGGGUACCUAAUUAACACACUGGGUCCAAUAGAGGGUACCUAAUUAACACACUGGGUCCAAUAGAGGGUACCUAAUUGACACACCAGGUCCAAUAGAGGGUACCUAAUUAACACACCUGAUCCAAUAGAGUAGUGGUUUCCAACCUGUGGGGCGCACCCCCCUAAGGGGGCACGAAGGGCUGCCAGGGGGGGCGUAAGCACUUCAUAAAGUGGAAAAAUUACUUAGUAGAUGAUUAUAUAUCAACAUUAUUGAUUUUGAUGGAAUACAUAAUUGGUUAAGUAUUGAGAAAACAUUUCAGAUAUGAAUUAUGAAAUGUUAUUGUCUAAAUACAAUUAUAAAUUAUUUCAAAUGCUACUAAGUAACUAAGGAAUUAAACAACUAUAAAAGAUAGAGAGAGAAACGUGCUGUAAAUAUAAAUAUUGUAAUGAUUACCAGAAACAACGCAUCGUUUGUAUGGUUCCCAUUCGGUUCACGUCUCGGACAUGUCAGUACUCCAGCUUUGGGAGUUGGCUGUGUGGCCACACCGCCACAGUAGUAUGAGGGUGCGGUGGUAAGACGGUAGCUCUGUGACCGUUCUGGAUGUAACAAGUGCCUCGUAAAUAUAACUGUUAAUUGCAAAAUUACAAAGCUAAGGAAUAGUUUUGAGCGUGUGUGUUUGUUUAUUUCACUAAAAUUUUGAAAUAUGGAAAAGUAUUUGAUUAAAGGCAAAAGGAAAGAAACUGAAAGUGAACCUCACUCCAGUAAAUGUGAUGAAAGUAGCAGGCAUACGAAAACCAGAAAGUAUGACGACAGCUAUCUCUCGCUUGGAUUUACAUCUACGGUUGUUAGUGGAACGGAGAGACUUCAAUGUGUGUUGUGUUUAAAUAUUUUGGCCAUGGACAGCAUGAAACCAAGCAAAUUGAAGCACCACCUUGAAACACAGCAUCCUGAACAUGUUGGCAAAUCUCUGGAAUUUUUUAAAAGGAGACUUGAUGAAUUUAAUAAACAGAGGCGGGCUUUCACGAAGACAUCUACCACAGCUGCAAGUGCUUUGCUUGCUUCUUAUAAAGUUUCCUACAUAAGUGCAAGAUGCAAAAAAGCUCACAACAUAGCAGAAACCUGGGUAUUACCCGCUGCUAUUGACAUGGUGGAAAUAAUGCUCGAUGAACAAAGUGCCAACAAGUUACGCAGCAUUCCUCUUGCAGAUAAUACAGUUGGCAGAAGAAUUUCAGACAUUAGUGAUGAUUUAUGUGAUCAGUUGACAGAUGUACUUAAAUAUUUGCAUUUUGGGUUGCAAAUAGAUGAGGCUACUGAUGUAGUGAAAGAUGCUCAUUUAAUAACUUAUGUGUGCUAUAUAUCUGCCAAUGAAAUUAAGGAAGAUCUGUUGUUUUGUAAACCUAUUGUUGGUAGAGCCACAGCUGUAAAAGUGUUCAACAUGAUUGACAAUUUUUUCAAUGAACAUGGAAUAAGCUGGGAAAAUUGUGUUGGACUGUGCACUGAUGGAGCCCAGUCAAUGGCAGGACGACAUGCUGGACUGAAAGCUUUGGUGAGGGAAAAGGCUCCACACACUUCAUGGACGCACUGCAUGCUUCAUAGACAGGCACUUGCAUCAGGCAGUAUGAAUGAAGAGUUAGGUAAUUUGCUCAAAGAUGUUGUCAGGGUUGUAAAUUACAUAAAGAACAGUCCAUUGAAAGGAAGACUGCACAGUUAUGUAAAGAUUUUGGUGCUGAACACACUGCUCUACUAUAUUACUGUGAAUCACGCUGGCUAUCCCGUGGAAAGUACUCCAUAGAGUGUAUGAACUUAGAAAUGAAAUUGCUACAUUCAUUUGUGAAAAUAAAACCAAAGAUGGAGACUUUUUCACAGAUUAUUAUUUCAUUAAAAAACUUGCUUACAUGGUUGAUAUCUUUGAGAAACUUAACCAACUGAAUCAGUCUAUGCAGGGGCUCCACAUGAAUAUUUUCGCACAGAGUGACAAAAUACGUGCAUUUAUGAAGAAAAUUGAGUUAUGGAAAAGGAAUGUAGAAAAUAACAGUUUUGACAUGUUACCAAACUUGCAAGAGUUUCUCAAACAUACUAGCGUACUAGGUGGAAAUGAAUUGUUUGCUGAGCACUCUCCUGGGGAAGUGCUCAUUUUACUUUAAAGAUGUAGACACAAGUGAUUACGAAUGGAUAAGAAACCCAUUUGGUGAUAACUCUACAAGCACACUGUCUACAGCUGACCAGGAGCAACUUAUUGAUUUGUCAUGUGACGGUUUGCUGAAACUUGUGUUUGAUGCAGGGCCUUUGGAAAAAUUUUGGUUGCAAGUUAAAGAUGAGUACCCUUCCUUGUCAACUAAAGCCAUUGGCAUUUUAUUACGUUUUGUGACAUCAUACUUGUGUGAAUCAGGAUUUAGUUCAGUUGCUGUCCUCAAAACAAAAUACCGUUCUCGCUCAGUAAUAGAAAAGGAAUUAUGGGUCUCAGUUUCAUCACAUUCUCCGAGAUUUGAGAAACUCUGCUCAGAGAAGCAAGCGCAACCAUCACACUAGUAAAGGUAAGCCUAUACAUUCAGUCAUACAUAAUUAUAUAUUGUAUAAUUUUUUUUUAUUGCUGAUUUGUGCCGACUAUGACAGUAAAUAGCAGUAUUUAAACCAGAGUGGAGGGGGCGCAGGGAACUUGUCAUUUAACGAAGGGGGGCAAGAAUUCAAAAAGGUUGGAAACCACUGCAAUAGAGGGUACCUAAUUAACACACCAGGUCUAAGUUAAAGCCUUACCACACCUGUACUAUCCUCAGGUGCAGCCAGCAAGGAGGCAAGCGGCUCAUCUGUCGGUGUGCGCCUACCAUACCCACAGCCACACCAACGGAGGGCCAACGACACCCAAGUCUAGCCGCAGGAACAAAUGUAGUGUGGUGACAAGUAGUGAGGUCACCACUGAAUCUGACACACCUGCUGAGCCUGACCUGGUGUCUUUCUGUGCUACCCUGGGCAACAACUGAGCCCUGCGAGUCCCUACCCUCUUCAAGCCAGACGGGGACUACCAGACUGUGGCUGACAUGGUGGGUGGCAGUCACUCCAUUACAGAGUCAACUACCAGUCACGAGGAAAGUUUGGACGAGGCCAGAAGUGCGUCAUCCCACCGCAGGUCACGGGGACAGGAACUGCAGGCCAGGCAGGGUCACCGUCCCUCCCACGGCGACCCGGAUUAUAGCUAUGCUCACCCUGUGAAGAAGCAGUACCUUCCCCCACCCCUCCACUGUCCUCCACUGACAGCAGCAGGUGUAUGAGUUAGUGAUAGUGAGGUCACUGACAGACAGACUCGCCAAAUUGUUCAUUAGUAAAAGUUCCAUGGCCACUAAGUUUGUAAUCUGCUUCUGUGUUUGUAUCUUUCCAGCCUUUUUAUUCAUUGAUGUACACUUUUGCCUUUCACUGCUUCCUCCUGUAAUCCAUUCUAUAUCUUUAUAUAUUUACAUGGAAAGAUAUGUUUGCAUUAUUCUCUCUCUCUCUCUCUCUCUCUCUCUCUCUCUCUCUCUCUCUCUCUCUCUCUCUCUCUCUCUCUCUCUCUCUCUCUCUCUCUCUCUCUCUCUCUCUCUCUAAUAUUGAGAUUCAUCUCUUGUCCAUAACAAAAGGGCAUUUCUGUCUGGUUCCUCAGGUUGGUUGACUAACCCUAAAGCUGCAGGGGUUUUCACACAUUUCUCCAUUCCAUAUGUCUCUACUCCUUUGUGGAAAGAUGUAUGUUAUUUAGGCAGCUCUCUUCUGUCCAAGUUUCUUUUCAUCUUUAUCAUCAUGUGUCAAGUCAUCCAGUUCUGGCACUAUCUUAGUGGCUGUUCUUUGUAUUCUUUCCAAUCUCUACAUGAAACAUCACCGAAUUAAUUAAGCUUAGCAGAAAUUAUGUGAUGUGCCCUACUGAUGCUGGUGUGAAGGCGAGGUGUUUGUAGUGAGCCGUGUGAUGCCUUCCCCAGUGCUGAAUAUGGAGAGAGCAGCCAGGCGACAACAUACACUGAAGUUUUCUGAAGAGGAGUGCAACCACCCCUCCAUCAAGCAAGCAGGAGUGGAGCCUCUGGAGCAGCUGAUGGCUGACCUGGAGCUGGAGAAGAUGGUUCAGGAUGCCAGCAAGACAGCUCUUUGACACUUCCAGUAGUGGUAGAAGCCUCCCAUCACCACCCUCACUCCUCUGCCACUGCUGACCACAACACUGAGGCUGUAUUCUUCAGGACCUGAUUGUUGCUUGGACUUGAGGCUUCCCUGCUUGGGACUGGCAGUUCUGCAAAUGCUGUUAGUGACAGCAUCCGUAGGACAACAGUGUAGGUGGUGUCCUCUGGAGGUCCUUCACCUGCAUGGAGCUAAGUCCACCUGUUGUAAUACUUGAAUGCGUAAGUGCUCAUCUUGAAGAUUUUAAUCACUGCAGUGGUCACCAUCUCAGACCUGACUGCCACAGGUACUUACUGUACACACUGCUAUCUAUAAUCCAGUGCUUAGCAGGUUCUUGGUUAUGGUUAUCAACUAUCUGGAUAAAUUUUACACAGCACCAACCUUAAAUUACAACAUGUACACAAUAGCAAACUUUGGAGUUGUUUUAAGCAUUGCUACCAUCAGUCCAACCUAGCUAACCAACCUAACAACCUAUCCUAACCUAACUCUUCCUCAACAAUGUAGAACAUAUAUUUAACCUCAACAGUAUAGAACAUGUUUAAAAUAAUUUUUUUUUCUAGAAGUUUGGGUCCCAAAGGGUGAGCAGAAAGAAACAAUUUUUAUCUCCCAUUAUGCAACAAAGUCAUUUAGGGAAUUUGGUCAUAUUACUUAAAGCAGUGUCCAAAACACUAGUUAACUAAAUUCCAUAUGCAGUUUACAGUUUGGUCAAGAUAAAAUAAUAAGCAAAUAUGCUGCUAGUGGGCAAAUUUUUACUCUCACCAGUUUUCUAAUGUGGAUGAAACUAUUUAUUUCUCGUAUUUUUUUGCCUGUUUUGAAUCAAUAUGGUUCUUGUUUUUAUGGAAAUCAUGAGCUAUUACUUUUUACUCCCUGACCCACCAUCCCCUCAGAAACUAAUUAUUUGCAGUAAACAAAAGCAGUUAAUACAAAACAGACUGAUAUGUACAAGAAAAAGGUAGAUUGGCCCUCACAAAUAAGCAGCCACUCACUGUGGCCACCAGCCAGCUGUCACACACCACCACCUAAUCCAACCAAGUUAACCAAACUAACCUAUGUAAUCUAACAGAACGAAAUAACAUAACCUAACCAAACAAACCUAAACUAACUUGCCUCCCAAAAAUAGAUGUUUAAAAAUUGCCAUCAGCAUUAUAAAUAAUUUGCAGUGGGUAAAUAUGGGUUUAAAUUACUCAAUGACAAUCUCUAUCUGAUGAGAAAAGUAAGAAAAGCCAUGUUGAGACUGGUGAAAGAGUGAAAGAAUUCCCUACUGUGUGGCCUGGAACCAUAAGCCAUAACUUCACUCACUGGCAGGAGCACUCACAC